GGAGUUGUGGUCACAUCUGAAAGCCCAUCCUUAGUCCCGCUUUAAGGCAACCCUGUAAUUGCCCUUCGGAGACGUUCCUCUCGAUUUUUCAAAAUUUUGACAGGACAUUCCGUCAGAGCCGAUUUUUGGCGGGAACUUUCCGUUGGUGCCACUUAAAUGAAUUUCUGCUACCUCCUUAGCUCGCAUAAGUUCCUAAUAUCAAAACCCGAUUUUUACGGGUCUAAAUUUUCAAUGUACCGAAUAUGCAUUCAUCCUUAAUGUCUGGUAUUCAUCGUGAGAUGUCACUACACCCAGAAAUUUGCGCAGAGAUGAGUAGGGAGAUGACCAACUCUACGGUUUAAGGCGAUAUCAAAAGCCCAAAUCAGAGAUUUGCGUAUUAAUUUCUUUUCUUUUUAAUGCACUGUAAUAUCGCAGCUCUUUGAUUGUAUUUUGUUUAUUGGUGCUUCCGUGACAAUGGAUUAUGUAUAGCAAGAUUUUCAUGUUCUUUGUUGAACAUUUGAAUUAGAGGCAUUUAUACUGGGAUAAACUUUAUUAAUUUGAAUUUGUUUAUUAUCUUCAGAACAUUGAUCCUGUUCUUUCUCAUUAUGUCAUUAUCGAACAACUUGAUUCUUCUUUAAUUGUAAAUAAGAACUAAACUAAGGCAACAUAUCGGUUAUUCAUGUAGAUGCUGCUUGCUGGCUACUGUGAACUGCGGAAAGCGCCAAGAGGCGCACGUGGAGUUUGUCACUGCUGUUACGUAUAGCUGCAUUUUUUAAUUUGUUUAAAUAUAAUUUGUAUUGUUACAUAAAAUAUUAUGGCUGGUAAAAGUACUGAUAGUGAUGUACCACAGGUGCAGAUACGUUUCAUAACGAAACAACAGCAGUUUGCAGUACCAGAUUUUCCAUUAUCCGUUCCUGCACCAGUGAUCGCUGUUGAAUUGAAUACUCUUGUAAACGAACUUUUGAAAGAAUCUAUCGAUGCUGCAAAGUUCAUUGAAUUUGACUUUCUGGUGUGCUCCGAAUUUUUACGUUCUUCUUUGGCUGAGCAUCUUGAGGAACGUGGAGUCUCAACGGAGCAAGUAAUAGAUGUAGAAUACCUUGAAAAACAUCCAGAGCCAGAACCACAGGAUUGUCUAAUUCAUGAUGAUUGGGUGUCUGCUGUGGCAGUGUGUGAGAAAUGGAUAUUGACUGGGUGCUAUGAUAACACCUUACAUAUUUGGACUACAAAGGGAAAGCACAGACUCACAAUACCAGGGCACACAUCCCCCAUAAAAGCUGUAGCAUGGAUUUCGCUUGGUGAAGAAACUGGAACUUUUGUUAGUGCCUCCCAAGACCAAACGGCUAUAAUAUGGGACUGGAAUAUAUCAGGGAACUCUGUAGAUUGUGUUCACGUUUGUAAAGGACAUGAGCGGAGCUUGGAAUCUGUAGGUGUCAAUUAUGAUUCGAGUUUAAUGGCCACAGGGUCAUGGGACACAAUGUUAAAAAUAUGGUCAGCGUCAACACAGGAUGACGAUGACGGAGAAUCAAGUUCAAAGAGGACAAAGACAGAACAUGGCAAAACCAGAACACCAAAAGUAACAUUAAAAGGACACAAAGAAGCAAUAAGUAGUGUAAAGUGGUCUGACAAAUCAGAGAUUAUCACAUCGUCCUGGGAUCAUACCCUAAAACUUUGGGAUUCCGAACUAGGUGGAAUAAAACAAGAAAUUCCAGGUAAUAAAAGUUUCUUCGAUGUGGAUUAUUCUCCAUUGUCAGGCACUUUGAUAACAGCAUCAGCAGACAAACACAUAAGACUUUAUGAUCCUCGAUCAACAGAAGGUGCAGUAGUAAAAGCAACCUUUACCUCGCACACACAAUGGGUGCAGUGCGUAAGCUGGUCAACAACACAAGAUUACUUAUUCCUGUCUGGUGCUUAUGAUAAUCAGGUCAAAUUAUGGGAUACUCGGAGUCCGAAGGUACCUCUCUACGACCUCUCUGGACACGAAGACAAAGUCCUCAGCUGCAACUGGUCAAAUCCCAAAUUGAUGGUAUCAGGCGGUGCUGACAACACAGUAAGGAUAUUCAAAUCCAAGUACGCAAUGUGUUAAACCCCUGUAAAUCGUAUACCUUGUACAAUACAUUAAUCUUAAUAAUUAAA